GCGCGGACAGAGAUAUAUAUCGUUAUUGGCGAUCGGUAUCACGAUCAAUUUACACGAUCCCCGGGUGACCCCCCGGUGCUCUCGACGACGACUACCCGACAGCUGCAUCCGAGAAUCCGACUGGACUGAGUGUCAGGGCGAUCGAGCUUAAGAGCGGCCUCGAUCGCGACAGAGGUGUGAAUAAUUUAACAAGGAGAUGCCGAUCGUACGAUUCCAAGUUGCCGAUAGUCUAGUCUGCCUACAACGAUCCUGAGUAUCUCUGACAGAUCUAAUUUAAUCCCGAUGUGAAAUCUUCAGUUAAUUAAAGGGAUCAAGUGUCGAACGGGAGGACAACAGAUAUAUACAUAUAAUAUUGAGAGCGGAUAUUAACUCGUGACAACGGAAUGGAUGAAUGCCUGGAGAGAAUCAGUCACCCGGGCUCGUGGGUGAAGGAGAAGUACCAGGAGGUGCAGAAAUUGCUGAGGGAACGCGAGCCGAGGUGCGAUCCGAACAAGCUCUACGAGAGGAAGCUCAAAGCCGUGGAGAUUCUGAUGGAGAUACUGGAGGCGCUCAUGCUCUGCAAGGAGACCCUCUGCACCGUGGCGGCGGCGAUAACCUACCUGAACAUCGGCGUGCUGCAGGCGGACAUAGAGGACACGGGGUUCGCCACGGAGCACUUCAAGAAGUGCGCCGACCUGCUGGGCGACAGCAAGCUGACGUCCGAGGGCAUCCUACCGGCUAUAAGCGCCAACAACCAGCUGGGCCUGAUUUACGCGCAGCGCGGCCUGUACGAGGAGGCGAAGGAUCUCCUGAAGCAGGCGGAGGACAUGUACGUCACGUUCACCGAGGACCCCGAGCGCGAGCCCGUUCACACGGUGGCCAUCAUCGACAUCGAGGAGCUCGAGGCGGACGCGGGGUGCGCCAGGAGCGUCCUCGAGAGGCUUCACACGUUCACGCUUUACUACCUGGCGCAGGUCUACCGCGAGCUCGACGACAAGCGCAACUUCGCCCUGUACUGCCACAGAACGCUGAGCAAGCAGCUGAGUCGCGACAGGAUUACGCGGAAUCUGGACUACGUCGAGUGGGCCCUGAACGCCGCGACGAUCUCGCAGUACUUCAUAGAGCAGGACAAGUUCCCGCAGGCGAGGCACCAUCUGGCCGCGGCGUCCCACGUCCUCGGGCGAUACUCGGAGAUCCUGCGGGCGAAGGGCACGCGGGAGACGAGCGAGAGCGUCGCCGCGGAGUACGAGAACUACGAGCACAGAUCGGCGAACAUCGCCAGAUGCUGGGCGAAGUACGGUAUCGCCCUCCUGACCGCGUCCCGGGAGAGACUGUUGAAGAGGGCCGAGCAGGAGGACGAGCCCGACGUGAGGAAGGUCGCGAGAGGAGCCGCCUCCGGCGAGGGCCACAAGUGCUCCGAGGAGGACCCGAGAUUCGUGGAACUGGAGCCGGAAUUGGAGUCGAUCACCAGCGAGAUCACCGACAAGUACUUGCUGGACUUCAACGACGCGAGGCCGGUGUUCCUGAACGUGCGGAAGUGGCUGGACCGGGCGAGGGAGUACUACACGUUCGAGAAUCACGCGUCGGACUACGCCUGGAUCGCCCAGGACCUCUCGCAGGCGUACAAGUACCUGGCGUUCUUCGAGGACAACGAGGACCGGCAGGCGAGGAUGCACAAGCGGCGGAUCGACACGCUGGAGGAGGUGAUCGAGGGGCUUUACCCGCGCUUCUACCGGGUGGUCUGCCGCGAGAUCUGGCUCGAGCUCGCGGCGACGUACUCGGAGAUCCUGGACCUGAAGAUCGACCGGCUGGAGGCGUCCAACGAGAAGCCGACCGCGCAGAUGGUGGCGAAGAUCGAGCGGCUGGCGAGGAGCAGCAUAAGGCACUACCAGUCGUACCUGAACUCGCUGGACGUGAGCAAGUCCGAGUGCGGGGUCGAGUCCUUCUCGGACGACCUGCUGCACUCGGCGUUGUACACCCACUUCCUCAUCGGACGGCUGUACAACAAGAUCAUAACUCCCGACGUGCAGCAAAAGAUAGAGAACAUGCAGAACUGCGUCGACGCUUACAACUUCAUCGUUGAUUACUACGACAAGCAUCCCGAGAAGCAGGAGACGUUGAAGAAGUAUGAAUUUAUGAAAUUGUCCAGAGAAUUUGUCACGCUGCUGCCGCUUACGCUGGAAAGAUUGAAACAGCAGCAAGCAAAUAAAUAAUGCCACUUCUUUCCCUUUUUCGUUCACAUUUCUGUGACAGUGUAAAAUAUUUUUGUUACAUUAUUGAUGCACAGCAGACGAAGAUUUUUGUAUGAAAAACA